GGCUUCCACUUGACUAUUUGUGAAUACAACAACGUCAAAUAGUCCAGACUAAAAGCGCCACUUAUUAAACCCAACGUACAAAUAGGACUUACGCCUCACGACUGCAGUAAUCAAGGAGUACGAUACAUCACUUCUCGCCUAGAUCACUUCCUACAGAAAGCCGCAUCUAGUGUCUUUGGCUUUCUCUGUCCAAAACAUCGUACACCGACAUGUCCGUGCAGUCCCUAAUAAUAUGAUUACCCCGGAAGAUAACAUCUCCACUGAAUUGGAGUUGAUCUCUGCUUCACUUCUUCCUGCUGAAUCAUUGCAUUGUCUAUCGGCUACUGGUCUAUAUCCACAGGAGUUUGAUAUAACCAACUCGGAUAGUGGUCGAUCCAUGCAUGUUGAGAUACAUGAAGAUUAUCCAAAAAAGGGAAGUGUUAAAGUGGAAAUGAAAGGAAACAGUAUGGGGAGAGACGAGGCGCUAGGGUUGAAAAAGUGGGUCGAUGAAAAGAUGCUUGAUUGGGACGAUGCUCAGGAGUAUCCGCUUUAUCAAAUCCUUACAACCCAAUUUCUUUCAUUGCUCACUCCCUCGGCAAUGUCGCCUUCUCUCUCACCUUCCACCCCUUCCGAAACAAUUACGUCCUCCAUUCCUUAUCAUGCCUUAUUAGUUUCGCACCACUUGCUUUCCACCACCAAGCGCAAAAAUAUCGUCUCUCUUUCCUCGACAUUGUCACUCAUUGGCUUCUCCAAAAUUGGGCACCCAGGCGUCAUGUAUGCUAUAGGGGAUGAGGCUGAUCUGAUGGAAUGGAUACGAGAAAUCAAAUCAUGGAAUUGGCUCGCAUUGCGGGUGAAGAUGGGCCCCGAGCCCAUUCCGGAGGAGAAAGAGCAAGAGGCGGAGAGGAGAGGAAGAGAAGAGGGCGCACGUGGAGGAAGGGGUCGGGGUGAGUGGGUGGAAGUGGAAAAGGUAGGGGAUGCGCUGAGCUGGCUGCGAGAGAGGGGCGGGGAAAAGAGGGCGAGGAUAUUGACUGACGUCGGCGUCGGUGGCGGAACUCGGCCAAAGGAGGGUACAUAGCUGACUGGACCGAAUGCAAGUAGGAAGGAAAGAAACAAGGCAGGAAGGAAGGAAGCAGCUAACGCACAGACCCCUCGAGCGA